AUGGGGAGAUUGUUCCUGGUGAAUUUGGAAGAGAAAUCUUACAGUUGUAGGCACUGCAAGACUAAUCUCGCCCUCUGCGAAGAUGUCGUCUCUAAGUCUUUUCAGAGCCGGCAUGGGAAAGCUUACCUCUUCAGUAAAGUAGUGAAUGUGUAUCCUGGGAAGAAGGAAGAUAGGAUGAUGAUGACGGGGAUGCACACCGUCGUCGAUAUUUACUGUGUCAAAUGCGGCUCUUAUGUUGGAUGGAGAUAUGAGGUUGCUUUUGAGAAGAACCAAAAGUACAAGGAAGGAAAAUCGGUUCUCGAAAGGUACAAGGUUUGGGGUCCAGAUGGGAACAACUACUGGGUGGCUCAAGAAGUUGAAGCCGAAGAAAGUGAUACUGAUGAAGCUUGA